AUGAACCGUGCCGUUGACGGAGACAUUGUCAUUAUCGAAAAGCUGCGAGCUUCCGAGGCCAAGCGGGGACGACGACAAGAGUUGAAAGGAAAGGCACUGAAGGAUGGCAACGAUGUUGUGGUCAUGAUGGGCAAGCCAGCUGCGAGUAUCGUUGCCAUCAAAAAGAGAUCCCAGAGAGAGGUGGGUGGAACAAUUUAUGCCAUCGAUGCUCUGGAGGAGAAGCGGGAGCUUCUUCGGAAGACCAAAGGCGUGGAGCAGGAUGACUGUCUCUUCAUCCCGGCGGACACCAGGUUCCCGGACAUGUUGGUCAAAGCCACACCCGAGAAGUUCGAGGAGCAGCGGGUGACCGUCAUACUCAACACUUGGCAGCAGUUCUGCCCAUAUCCUCGAGCACGCUUCUCGCGGAGUCUGGGCAAGAUUGGGGACAUAGAUGUUGAGACGGAGAUGAUCUUGCUUGAGUUCAACGUCAAGGAAGAGCCCUUCACAGAGGAAGUGCUGAGCUGCCUUCCACCGGAAGACUUCGCGCCGUCAGAGGAGGAUUUCAAAGGUCGCAUGGACUUUCGAGAUGUGUGCGUAUUCUCGAUCGAUCCUCCCGGUUGUGAAGACGUCGAUGAUGCCCUGAGCUGCGAGAAGCUGGACAACGGCAACUUCCGCGUUGGGGUCCACAUCGCCGAUGUGACCCGGUUUGUGAAGCCGGAGACCGAAUUGGAUCGGGAGGGCGCAGAGCGGAGCACAUCCGUCUACCUUGUUAACAAGCGAGUGGACAUGCUGCCCAAGCUGUUGACAACGGAGAUCUGCUCCUUGAGGUUUGACGGCAAGGAUCAUUUGACUUUUUCUGCGGUUUUCGAGCUGACCCCGGACGCGGAAAUGGUCAGUGCGCAGUUCAACAAGGCUGUGAUUCGAUCCAGAGGGGCUCUUUCCUACAAGGAGGCUCAAGAAAGGUUGGACUCCGAUCCAGCGGACGACCAGUCGGAAGUCACCGUGGCCAUCCGAGACCUCUGGGCUCUGGCCCAAAAGCUUCGGUCAAAGAGGAUCGAGGACGGAGCCCUGAACUUGGAGAGCGGCGAGCUGAAGUUCGAGCUCGACUCAGAGAAUCAAACUGCUGUCAACGUCUUCCAGUACCAAACCUACGACACCAAUCGCCUCAUCGAGGAGUUCAUGCUCCUGGCGAAUCGGAGAGUGGCGGAGGCUCGAGGGAGAGUGCGUGUGUGGAGAUUCGCCCCUUUCAUUGUUUCCUGUUGUACUGCACCAGCAAAGGCAGUAUAUUAUAGUAUAUUAUAG